CGGCGCUCCUCGCAGCCCUGAGAUGGCUCCCGAUGUUGAGCCCCGCUGACAAGAUACUAUAUGCCACACUUUUAGAAAGCCUCCUGGCUUCAAGCACUGAUGACCCUUGGGCUAUUGAAGCAACUAUUUCAUAUCCGCAACACAACUAUACAAAUCUGCGUGUGGCUAUCCACAGGUCCCAGGUAUAUAGGUGUCAUAUGACCACCGAGCACCAGGAGACAGUACAUUAUCUCACUGAGACAAAUAAUGGGCGCAGAGUCUCUCUUUAUGACAUUGUCGACUUCUAGAAGCUGGAGAACGCGACGAGCAU